CGAUAAUUUAUAAAAAUAAGAAAUUAAUUUAAAAAAUUAUUUAAUUGAAAAUGUUCGAUUGUUGCGGAUGCUUGAGGAAGAAUCGAACUUCAAAAAAUAAUGAAAUUACUUCAGAGAGUUCUUGGACGGUGGGUCAAAUAAAUAAGAACUUUGAGACAGCAGAGUUAUCUCUGGGAAUCUCAAGAAGAAGCACUCUGGCUUGUACCUUACCCACGAUCGUCGAAACACCGCCCAGUUUGAUAAGCAGUGUACGCACUUCUAUGGAUAGUGAUAAAAUGUCAAAAAUCGAUAUGCAUAUCAAUAUAUUCGAAGAUGAGCGCUUCAGUGAUAUGUCAGCGACAAUAUUUAAGAAAAAUAAUGAAUCUUUAAGCAAUGUAAGCUCAACUUACACCAAUGACAGUGAAAAGCCCAAUUAAUUAAGUUUGAAGUUUUUUUUUUUUUUUUU